ACAUCAGUGACGUCAUUGUCAGCUGAGCGAGGAGAACAUUAGUCCUAGCAAGAAAAAAAAUCAUAAAGGAACUGCAUGUGUUAGUGUUCCCAAAGAAGGACAGCGACAGUAUCUCAGUAUAAUGAUUCAUUUUACUCAGUAUCUUAACUAGACAUCAGAUCAAGACUGGAAAAAGACAGAUAGGAAAUAAGGAAUUUAAGAACCUGUAAAAUAAUGACUUCCAAUACUCUGAUGAUGAAUGGGGAGAUGCAACGAGAGAAUGGGCAGGGGGAUCUGACUCAUGCAGCUCCGCUUAGGAGCACCUUGGAAGAGACUCUACAACAAAUGAACAUUCUCAUCAAGGAGAACAGAGACCUCAAAGAAGCUCUCAAGCACACCAAUACAUCCAUGAGGGAGCGCUUUGAGGACCUUGCUUCUUGGAAGGAGAAGCAGAAGGAGAAGCGUGAUUUUCUGGAGGAUAAACUACAAGAAGCCAAGGGACGUGUGGCAGCCCUCACCAAACGCAAUGAAGAGCAGAUAAAGAAAAUCCAGAUGUUAGAAGGGAACAGACCUGAGACUUCUCAGGGUAUUGUGGAUCAUAGCCUGGAAGUGGAGCAGCUAAAGGCUAUGAUCUCUCGCCUGCAGGCUGAGAAAUGUGACCUGGUAGCAAUGAACUCAGAGCUACAGUUAAAACAACGAAGUGACUCACCUGAGGAUUCCUUUAUCGAAAUCAGGAUUGCACAGGAGGGAGAGUUGAAAUUGACUAAAGAUUUGCAAAACAAGCCUGCAGACCUCUCUGCUGCUUAUAUUCGGCAGAAGUGUUUUGAUGAAUCAAAUACCCGUUUGGAGUCUGAAGAAUUAACAGUUAGCCAACUGCUUCAGUCCCUGCGACUGGAGACUCAGAAGGUGGAGAAGCUUGAACUUGAGCUCCGGGCUGUAAAAGAAAGAAUGUCAGAUCUAGAAAAAAGAAAAUUAAAUGUUGCUGAGAGUGGGACUCAGACAGAAGUGAUAGUUGAUGAGAAGCCCUCAUCAGUACCAAUGGAAGUGGAGGCUACAACCACAUGUGAAAUUACUGCAGAGACUCAGCAUGAUGUCCCUGCUUUUGAGGUGGAGAAUUUAAAGUCACAGGUGAUGUCAUUGUUUGAAGACCUACAAGAGGCACAGUCCAAACUGGAUGAGGCUGAAGGAAUGAAGAAGAGCCUGCAAGCCAGGUGUCAUGAUUUGGAGCAAGAUCUUUCUACCCUUCGUGCACAACUUGUCAAACAGCAGGAGGUUCAGUAUCAGAAUGAAACACUGAAGCUUCAGGUGGACAGCUUGCAGUCAAUGAGUAAAAUGGAACAGAUGAAAACAGAGGAUGAGAAGAGGAAACUGAUUCAGUUACAGGAUGCAUAUGCCAAGCUGUUUGAAGAUUAUACAGCAAUGGUGAAAGCAACAGAGGAAAUGAAGCCUAAUAUGUCUAAAGAAGAAAUGAGUGAGGUGAAUGAUAGACUUAUUGCUGCUGAGGAAGCUCUGGCAGUGAAGCAGCAGAAGAUUGAUGAAAUGAAGCAGCAGAUGUUUAAGCAGGAGCAGGAGCUGGAGACUGUAUCUUUGUUCAAGGCUCAGGCUGACAUUUACUCUUCAGAUUUCUAUGCUGAGCGUGCAGCACGAGAAAAGAUACAUGAAGAAAAGGAGAGAAUUGUAGCACAACUGGAGUUUAUAAAGAAGCAGAACUGCAAACUGCAAGAGGAGAUGGAGUCUUUUGGAAGGCAAUCGCUGAAUGAGAUGCAGCUUCGCCAUGUUUCCAGAGGGGCAAGUCCACAGCCGAAUGUGCAGGGAGGAGCAAGAGGUGCUGAAAAUCGAGACUGGCAACAGCAGAUGAAUAUUCCGGAGCGUGCAUGUCCUAAAUGUAAUGAAAUCCUCCCUGAUAUCGACAGCCUCCAGAUACACGUCAUGGACUGCAUCACAUAAAGAAAUGGCCACAUUACAUACUACCUAACUAAGCGCUGGUUAGAGGAGAUAAUGUUGACAUUUUUCUUAUCUUUUUUAUUUGAAUGCCCUUCUUAUCUUAGCUCACCAUACUUCAUAUAUUUGUUGAACUUUUUUUUUUUUGGUGUUACAACUUAGUUCUUAAUUUGUUUAUAUAUUUCUACUUUCUACAGUACAAGUACAACUUAAUUGGUGAAAAUGGCACUAUAUAGGUUCCAAACCCUUAUUAGAAAGUAACUAAAUUAUCAGAAUUGCAUGUGAAGCUACUGAAGCCCUCCCAUAACUGUAUAAUGGAUAUGGUGUCAGUAUAAUUGUGAUUUCAUCAAGAAAUGAGUCAAACUGUAGUAUAACGUUAAAUUACAUUAUAUUACAAGUUGAUCGAUGAUGAUGUCAUGGGUAUAAUCUUGCAUAAAUUAGAUGAGACUGGGCAGUAUAUAAUGUUAUAUACAGCUGUGGUACUCCAGAAAACAUCAUUUUAAAAGGUUAUUAAUAGGUAUAAAACUAGUGCUGCUGGUUGCAAUAAGAUGUUAUGUAUGCACUGUAUUAUUGUUGUUAUUAAUAUUUAUUUAUUAGCAGAUGCCCUUAUCCAGGGUGACUUACAGUCGUAAACAAAAACACAUUUCAUGAAUCAAAGUACAAGUAUUAAAACAAUUAAGAGCAAGAUAAAAUACAAUGACUUUGGUUCUAGCAUGUACAAGUAUAUGACAAAAUACAAUUCAAUAACGGAGCAGGUAACAGUGUCAGUGAUAGUUACAUCAGGAUAUAAUGACAUACAAAAUACUACAGAUUAAAUAACACUUGUUGAGUAUGCAGUGUUUUAUACAUGGCGCAGGUUUCCUUCAGUGUUGCGAUGUAGACCCCUCACGGAGUGUGGUCCUGUCCGCAUCCCUCAUAUCUAUCUAUCUAGCUAGCUAUUUGUUUAAGGAUCUCAAUCAUAAAUGCUUACUUUAGUACUCAGAACAGGUAAAAAAUAAACUCAACACAUAAAAAGUAUAUACAUUGUAAUCAUGCUAUAAUCAGUCAAGUUAACUAGUUGGCUUUUGUAUUUGUUUUUGUUAAUCUUGACAGGGAGUAUAUACUGUAAACAUAUAAAUGGAAAAUUGAAAGCUGACAAAACUCUAUAUAGAGAGCUAAUUGUGUUCAUUACAGGGAUUUUAUAACUGACAAUAUAGACAAAAUCAUUAUUUUGUUUCCUUUUGUUAAUUCCUGUAAUAACAAAAUAAAAAUAUAUUUAUAAAGUUA